CACGUAUAGGAGUAUAGGAAGUUCUCUGAGUACAGACACACAGGCAGGGCGGCACUGUGUCCCUUAAUACAAUGUGGAUGAAUACCCUGUUGUUUCGGGUUAUUCACAAUAAGCCCCUGUCAUGGUGCAUGACACGUACAUUAUCACACACUCAACUGGGAUCAACAAAUUCAAUAUCGCAGACUCAACAGAGAUGCAGGAAUCUUAAGGAUAAGAAAAAAAAGAAACCUGUCCCUUUCAACCCUGGUGCAUCUUGGGAGGAACGUUUGUCUGAUGUUGCCACUCCUUUGUGGAGGAUGGGAUACAAGGAACAGUUAGAGUAUAAGUUAAAUGCAUUGCGGAGCACCCUUAGGGAUAUUACCAUACAUGUGAGAGCUCGAGGAGGGAAGGUCGUUGAUUGUGAUGGUCUAUUCUGCCCUCUGCAAGACAUCAUUCCAUCUCCUGUAAUGAAUGGAUACCGAAACAAAUCCUCCUUUUCUGUGAACCGUGGUCCAGAUGGAGACCCUAAAACAGUGGGGAACUUUGUGGGAACUGGCCGUGACAGAAACAUUGUGUGCGUACGGGCAGAUCAUCUUAUCAAUAUCCCUGAGAAACACAAACAUGUUGCAAGGUGCUAUGAGGAUUUUAUCCACCAGUCCCCACUGGCACCAUGUCUUCUCUUUUAUGAUGGGGGUCACUGGCGCGAUGUUGUUGUUCGUACAAAUAAGAAGGGAGAGACCAUGGCUAUCGUGACCUUUCAUCCCCAGGACCUUCCACAGAAUGAAGUUCUGUCUCACAUACAGUCCCUUAAGGAUUAUUUUACUCAGGGUCCAGGAUCUGAGUGUAACCUCACUUCACUUUAUUAUCAGGAAAACAACCCUAAAACACACCAACCCUCACCUCCCCGCCUUUUGUAUGGCUCCCCCCACCUUACUGAGCAGGUGCUGGACUUGAGGCUCCGUGUCUCCCCCACAAGCUUUCUUCAGGUCAACACUCCAGCAGCAGAGACUUUGUACACAGCCCUGGGGAAUAUGAUUCAACGCCACGCUCACGGCACUCUGCUUGACUUAUGUUGUGGCACUGGCGCCAUUGGUCUUUCCCUGGCAGGAUAUUUCAAGAAUGUAAUUGGUGUGGAGAUGGUAGAAGAUGCUGUGCUUGAUGCUCGCUGGAAUGCAGAUUUCAAUGGGAUAGAGAACUGCCAGUUUCUAUCUGGGAGAGCAGAGAAGCUGUUGCCCAAUCUAUUGAGUUACAAACAGAAAGAGUUGUCUGUGCUAGCUGUGGCCAACCCUCCUCGUGCUGGGCUUCACCCCCGUGUUGUUCGGGCUCUUAGAAACUGUGAAGAUAUCAGGACAUUGCUUUUUGUGACUUGUAAACCUGAGGGAGAAGCCACAAGGAACCUUACAGAACUGUGCUGUGCCCCAUCACUAGAGCAGAAGAUUCUGGGAGAGGCCUUUGUCCCACAGGAAGCAUUGGGUGUAGAUCUGUUCCCGCAUACAACUCACUGUGAACUUGCUCUUCUGCUUACCCGAUGACAUUGAAUCCCAUGAUGAAGAGAAUAAAACAGAACUUACACCAUGUUGCAGGUAUUGCCCUAGUGGUUUCUCGGAAUUCAAUAACACAGCUCUUCCAUUUCUGGAUUACUUCUCAGCAAUCAUUUCCUUUACUCUACGCUCACUGGACACAUACCAGUAAGGCCUGCAGUAAGACAGCUGCAUCUCAACUACUUUGAUAGACCUUUCCUAAAACCUUACUGGAUACAGAAUAAGCAAUGACACUUUUUUUUUUUUUUUAAAUUUUGCUUAUGACCUGGAAAAAGUAACUAUGAGUUCUUCAAAAUAUCCAGUACCUAAAACCUUGAGAAGCUUUCUCUGACAUCUCUCUUUUUUUUCUUGUUUGUGUUAUGUCCUUUAUUGUACAUACACAUAACACUAUUCAAUAUUAAACACAUGCACAGUAUUUGUAGGGCACCUUUUGCUAUUCUGCUGGAUUCUGCUACAGCAUUGUGCCACCAUUGCAUAUGAAGCAGCAUGUUGGUUAACUGAACCAUAACAUCGAAAAAUAUAGCUUAAAGCAGGGGUGCCCAAAAGGUAGAUCGCAGUCUACCAGUAGAUCACUUUAAAGUUUCUGGUAGACCUCGAGGUGGA